CUGAGUACAGUGCCCCUCGAUUGCAGUUCUCUCUUCUUCUGUCAAACCAAUUCCAAACCACUUGUCGAGUGCCUCUAUUCUCUCCGCUUCCGUUUCGCACUCUUGGAUAACCUGUGUUCUACCACCCAAAUUCUCUUUGAUGGUCCCAUUCACCAACAUGCGUUUCCCAUAAAUUUCCUCGCUACCCCCUUCUUCUAUCUCCCGCCGCAAGAACUUGACAAUCACCAUUCGAUAAGUCUGAAACGACUCCGGCGAGCUUCCCGUGUACCAAUUCAUAAUUUCGAAAUCCUGCUGGUAAAAUUCAAGCUCUGGAAACGCGUAGAAAGAGUUCCACGGCUUUUCAGGUCCAUUGCGGUACUGGUAGAUCCACAAUUUGGCUUGUUCACUACGGUUCGUAGACUCUGGGAUGUGAUCGUGGACUAGACGAAUUUCUUGGGGGCCAAGAUUGGGGAUUGCAUGACCGGAUAUCAUGGGUACGGGCUUUGUCGCGCCAUCGCCGCCGAAUCCCACGUCGACCAUGUAACGAUCGCCGUUUUGCAGUGUCACGAUAUUGACGAUAUGUCUCCUAUCACAAUCAUAAACGGUUCGUUCGCUUUCAAUCUUGCGAAACAAUUCACUUACCAUCCUGUGUAUGGACCUUUGGGUACACCGUCUUCCCUCAAUCGAAUCCGUACCCCCGUUAAGUGCGCAAUGAAGCCUAAGCCCCGCAGAACAUGAUUGAACAACGACUUGAGGAUCGAUUGAGAUCUUUCGAGCAUUCGAGUAAUGCAGUUCUAGGUUUUCGUAGGGAAAUGUGGAAAUUGUGUGAACGUGGAGGGCGGUCAAAUAUUCCAGAUCAUUCUGAGCUUGGCCUUCCGGGAUAUGUCUUUCUGGAAGUCCAAUCUUCGCGACGAAUUUGCGCAAUUGUUCUGAGCUCAAUGCGGAUGUCAUGGUGAAAAUCUUUUGUGGAAUUUGGAUGCAGUCUAUGUAGAAACAAUGUCGACGUCGCUU